CCCGCGUGUAAAAACUGUCUUUAAAAAAAUAGUAGUAGCACGAUCAAAGGUAGCACCUUGCAACUUGCAUUAGUUGCAUAGUGCACGGGCCGACUGUAAAGCCAAAUGUAUGCGCCUGCCCGUCCUCGCCGAGGUUCCCUGAAAUGCCGUCUAUCGUGACUGGAAUCUACCAGACAAACCCUAGCCCCACUGGGAUGGCGAAGCCUCAGCCUUCUUACUCUUCAGCGACUUCGGCCUUGAUCCGGAAGCGGCGCUGGCAUUUGGUGAUUGCUCUCCUUGUCAUGCUCUCCAUCACCACAGCCAUUGCCUUUCUAAUCAGAGGCGGGAUCGACUCCUCCUGCAAUUGCAGCAGAUUGGUGGAUUCUGGGAAGAUUUAUGGUGCUAAUGUGGAAAUUUCCAAGCAGGUUGGACCUGCUGGGACUCGUAGGAGCCCGCUCAGUUUCAUGAAGUCGAAGCUCGUGCUCCUGGUUUCUCAUGAACUCUCUCUUUCAGGUGGGCCUCUCUUGUUGAUGGAGAUGGCUUUUCUGUUGAGAGGUGUUGGUGCUGAAGUCUGUUGGAUCACAAAUCAAAGACCAGCUGAAGCAGAUAAUGUCAUAUACAGUUUGGAACAUAAAUUGCUUGACCGAGGAGUACAGGUUCUCCCUGCAAAGGGUCAAGAAGCAAAAGACACUGCUCUAAAAGCUGACUUGGUUGUUUUAAACACCGCAGUUGCUGGAAAGUGGCUAGAUGCUGUUCUCAUGGACAAUAUUCCUCGUGUCCUCCCCAAAGUUCUAUGGUGGAUCCAUGAAAUGCGAGGGCACUACUUCAAGCUGGACUAUGUAAAGCAUCUUCCGUCUGUUGCUGGUGCAAUGAUUGAUUCACAUGUAACAGCAGACUACUGGAAGAAUAGGACAGCAAUGCGCUUAAGGAUCAAAAUGCCUAAAACCUACGUCGUUCACCUUGGGAAUAGCAAGGAGUUAAUGGAAGUUGCUGAGGAUAGUGUUGCUAAAAGGAUAUUGAGAGAGCAUGUUCGUGAGUCACUUGGAGUUCGAAAUGAAGAUAUACUGUUUGCCCUCAUAAACAGUGUUUCUCGUGGCAAAGGUCAAGAUUUGUUUUUGCACUCCUUCUAUGAGAGCCUUCAACUGAUUCAGCAUAAAAAGUUGCAAUUGCCUUCCGUGCAUGCUGUUGUUGUAGGAAGUGAUAUGACAGGUCAAAGCAAGUUUGAGUUGGAGCUUAGGAACUUUGUACAACUUAAGAAGAUCGAAAACUAUGUGCAUUUUGUCAAUAAGACUCUGACUGUCGCACCAUAUCUUGCUGCCGUUGAUGUUCUUGUACAAAAUUCACAGGCUCGGGGAGAAUGUUUUGGUAGGAUUACCAUUGAAGCCAUGGCCUUUCAGCUUCCUGUGCUAGGAACUGCAGCUGGCGGUACACAAGAAAUUGUUCUGAAUGGAACAACUGGUUUACUGCAUCCUGUGGGAAAAGAUGGGAUAAUGCCUCUUGCAAGAAAUAUAGUCAACCUUGCCUCUCAUGUUGAGAGGAGGCUUACAAUGGGUAAGAAGGGCUACGAGAGGGUGAAAGAAGUAUUUUUGGAGUACCAUAUGGAAGAACGAAUUGCUGCUGUUUUGCAGGAUGUGCUUCAAAGGAUGCCUACGACACCACAGUCUAGAAUGUAGAGCACAAAGUAUGUUAAUAUAAAAUCACACGCAAUGUAGUUCUAGGCUUUCUUCCGGACAGAUAAUUGAUUUGUUUUACGUUUUGCUAAUUUGUACAGACUAUAUUGUUGACAUUAGUUAUAUUUUUGGGAUCCUAGUGUACUCAACAAUUUCCAGCAUUCUAAUAGAGUUUCUCCCCUCUAAAUAGUGCUCUUUGGUGACUUGGUAUGAUAUCUAGGACUUGGGGAGUUGGGGGUGUUAAAGAACAGA